CUUAUCGCCCUUACCGGAGCCACUGGCUUCCUGGGAUUCAAGGUCCUAACCAUUGCCCUCAACUCUGGAUACAAUGUCCGACUUGUGGUUCGGUCCGCUAGCAAGGCUAACAAGGUUCUCAACUCGCCAUCUAUCAAGGCUUUGAACCCUAGCCAAGAGAAGCUCUCCUUCGUUGUGGUUGAGGAUAUGGAAGCCCCAGGCGCCUUCGACGAAGCAGUCAAGGGAGCCACAUAUGUGAUCCACUGCGCUUCUCCCAUCCCCACUUUCGGUGGUGAGGCUCCUCCUACUCCCGAGCAAUAUGACGAGUUUUUCGUCAAGGCUGCUCGCCGAUCGACUAUUGGGCUCCUUGAAAGCAGCCGCAAGGCCGGCACCAUUAAGCGUAUCAUCAUUACCAGCUCUGUUGUCGGCAUCACUCCUUUCCAUUACUAUCUCGGCCAGGGAGACGACAAGAUUUUCGAUGCUGAGUACCGCAUUCCUGUUGACCAGGGUCCUUAUGGCUUCGAGUUCCAGGCUUACAGCGCCAGUAAGGCUGCAGCUUUGAACGAGUCUGAGGCUUGGGUAAAGGAGAACAAGCCCGGUUUCGACCUCAUUAGCAUUCUUCCUGGAUGGAUCUUUGGUGCCGAUGAGCUCUCUACCACGAAGAAAGACUUUGAGUCCAGCUCUACAAACUCAGUUCUGCUGAACUUCCUUCGCGGUGGACAAUCCGAUAUUCCAUCAAACAGCAAUUCGGUUCUUGUUGAUGACGCCGCCAAGAUUCACGUAUUGGCCCUUGAUCCCAAAAUCCCUGGCAAUCAGGCAUUUGUGACCGCAGCAGAUGGUCUUGAUGGUAUGGUUUGGGAGGACGGCCUCAAGGUUCUUGAGAAGCACUUCCCGGAAGCUAUCGCACAGGGACUUGUGAAGACAACUGGAAAGCAGCCAACUCUUACUAUUCGCCUUGAUGCUAAGAAGACUGAGGAGACCUUUGGUGUCAAGUUCGCUGGGUUUGAUGAACAAGUUAAGAGCCUUGUGAGCCAGUAUGUCGAGGUU